UGACGCUCCGCCCUCGUGACUCGAGCGGGGGCAGUCCGGGACCGGAAGUGAGGACGGCUGUCAGAAGUCUUCAGCUGGGACUCACUGAGGGGGUCGUCGUUGCCGCUCGCACGCGUGCUCGGACUCCCCGGCCAUGGGCUGGAGAGGAGCGCCGCUGUGGAGGCGGUUGCUGAUCGCGCUCCUGCCGGGCAUCUGCCUGGGCCAGGGCCCCUUCUUCCCCGCCGACGGCGGCGGUGGCCCGGACUCGGUAACGCCCGCGCUGGACCUCCGCCGCCGCCCGGUUCUGCUGUCGGAGCCGCAGGUCCUGGAGGCGCGGGACCUGUCCCUGCAGCUGCUGCGGGGCCAGGGGCUGGGCCCGCUGUCGCUGCCGCUGCCCCCUGAUCUGCCCGACCUGGAGCCCGAGUGCCGGGAGCUGCUGCUGGACUUCGCCAGCAGCAGCGCGGAGCUGACGGGAUGCCUGGUGCGCAGCGCCCGGCCCGUGCGCCUCUGCCAGAGCUGCUUCCCGCUCUUUCAGCAAGUCGCCAGCAAGGUGGACAACAUCAGCCGAGCGGUCGGGAAUAUGUCAGAGAGCCAUAAUUGUGCCAAAAAUCUCUUGAUGUCAGACAGGGUGCAAAUUGUGGUGGUUCUAUCUGAAUUUUUUAAUGCCACAUGGCUGGAAGCAAAUUGUGCAAAUUGUUUAACGAAUGACAGGGAAGAACUAUCAAAUAGCACAAUUAAGUUCCUUGAACUAUUCAAUCAUACUUUGACAUGCUUUGAGCAUAACCUUCAGGGAGAUUUGACCAAUUUUCUCCAGCAAAGAAAUUACACAGAAGUGUGCAAAAACUGCCAGGAAAUAUACAAAUCCCUGAGUACAUUGUAUAGUGAGAUACAAAAAAUGAAUGACCUCGAGAAUAAGGCUGACUUUCAAACACAUCUAUGCAUUGAUGUGGAAGAUGCAAUGAAUAUUACUCGAAAACUUUGGAGUCGAACUUUCAACUGUACAGUGCCCUGCAGUGAUACAGUUCCUGUAAUUGCUGUUUCAGUAUUCAUUCUCUUUUUACCAGUAGUUUUCUAUCUUAGUAGCUUUCUUCACUCGGAGCAAAAGAAAAGAAAACUCAUUCUGCCUAAGCGUCUUAAAUCCAGUUCCAGCUUUGUUACCUUUCAAGAAAAUUCAAACUAAAACCAAAAAAAGUGGAACUGAAAUUAUAUCCCAUGAGUAAGUAGAAGAGGAAACAACCCACGCAGAAAGAAGAUAACAAGUCCAUGUAUGUUUGAACCAUUAUUAACUAUUGAACCAUUAUUGAACUAUUAUUGACUGCCAAAUGAAUUAGCUAAAAGUUCUAAUAGGUCAAAUUCUUGACUGUGGAGCUAUAUGGGGAUUUUAAGCUCAUUUUAAAAUGAGACUAAAUUCUUCCCAUAGUUUUUGGUAUUUAUUUUGGAGUCUCUUUUUUGGGUUAAGAUUUUUGUAUUUACAUAUGUGGCAAUGGUUAUCUACCUUACAAUGUUUUUGCAAAGUAACAUAAAUAAAAUGUAAAAGUAGUCUUUGUUUAAAGGCAGAUGGUUCCUACUUAACCUUUUAUAGGCCAAAUAUCUCAAACAGGAAAACAAACAAUUUUAAAAUCUAGAUAUUUGAUUUAUAAUUAGCAAAUCUUUUAUUUGUUGAUCUUAAUGAUUUGUAUCCAAGAUUUAGAAAAGGAAAUAUGCUCCCUUUUAAUAUAAGGAUUAAGAAUUCCUUCAGUUAAACACUAAGAAGAAUAAGUGUUCCCACUAUUUCACAUUUACUGUAAUGGAAUUCAGCAAAAGAUUUAAGUACCCUCCACUGUAGUACUAUUCAACAUUUACUAAGAUAUAUCUAAUUUCUUGGACAUCUGCAUACAAUAUUUAAUUAAAAUUUCUAUUUUUAUUAAAGUAAUUUUUGAAACUUCUUAACUUUAAGCUUUUCCAAUAAUUUAUAAAAGACAAUAAGUCAUAUUAGUAUGUAAAUCAAGGAAAAGAUUUAUGGUAAUUGCCUUGUUCUUACUUGCCUUUUAAAAAUAGUAUUAAUGUUGUGUUUUUGUCUUUAUUUUAAAACAAAUUGGUAUUGCCCAACUACUGUAAUUUAAGUUUUAAUAAUCCAGGGCAAAAAGAAGUUCUUUGCUAUAAGGCAACUGUAUUUUUAAUCAAAUUUUACUGUCUGUCACCUUAUUGAUUUAUUACAGCAUUAAUUCAAAUAAAAACCAUAAUUAUUAUGUUCUAAAAAUUGUAGCUUUACAUCCAGACUAGUAGAUAGAUGUAUGUUCAGGGUUUGGAGAGGAGAAGGUAAUAAGACAAGGGAAAUCCAAGCCACUUUAGUGACUCAGUAGGAAUAUUUAAUUUACUCUGUUAUUAAACAACUAAUGCUUGAUGGCACAAAACUAAAUGACUCAAAACAAGUAGUAUAUUAACAUAAUACUUUAAUUUUCAUAAUUCUGUUUAAAUGUAUAUGAUGUGAUUGAAAUGAAGUUAGACAUUCUCACCAAGUUUAAUUUUAAUCCUAUUUUCUAAUGUUCAGUUUAAUUAAAAAAAAAUAGUUCAGUGUUAGUAUUUGGCAGCUAUUCUCAGCUUUUUAGAGUUAGAGUAUUUUAUUAAUGCUUUUUUAAAAUUUUGCUAUUGUUUGACUUAAGAAAAUAUGAAAAUAAUUGUUCUUUGUAGAAAUUCAUUUUUGGUAAAACAGUAAGAAAUUUCAUUUUCAUGUCUAAGUUAUAUGUAUGGUAUAUGAGAGAAGGCUGAUUCUUGGCUGUUGAACAGAAAACAAGUAUUUGUUCUUGCCUGGGCUCUAUUCCUAAACUUUCUGGAUUUGUUCAGCUGCCACCUUCCAUGCUGUUCCUAAUAGCAUUAUCUUGAUUUGAAGAAUCAUAUGAUUGAACACUGUUGAAAGCAUCUUUUAUUAAUCCUAAUAAAACCAGUUUACAUUUCCAAAGUUAGAGAAUGACAGCUUUGAUACUCUAAGUAGUGGCUUCCGAGCUAAGUAGUCAUGAAAGUCAUUACUUUUGGAUAUGGUAAAUAAGCACUUUAAAAAUGAAAGAACAGCCUUCAUUUUUCUUUUGACUGACUCAUGUGAGUUUCGAAAUGGCAUUUGCAACAAACCAAAAAUAAUCCUGUUUAAAUAUUUAAUUAUUGUAUAAUCAUUGCAUAGUUCUAUAUUCUGGAAACAUAAUAUACAUAUGUGCUCCUAAAAUAUAUUAAUUUGUUUUAACGUAGUAGGUUUAAAAAUAAAUUACCUUAA